GUAAACAAAAGCACGUUGAACAUGGCGCAUUCAGAGCAGAGUCAAACCUCAGAAAAUAGAUUAUUAAAAUCUGAAGAUAUUUUAAAGGUCUUCCAGGUGUCGUUUUUCGCCAUGAGCCGCCUUCCUUCGUUUCCCUGGACGUUUAUAGAAGAAGACCUUCAGAGCGACAAGUCAUCAGAGAUUAUUUCAGAGAUCCUGAAGCAGACUUGUCUGCACCCUCUGUGUCGGAAGUUUCCUCCAUCGGUCAGAUUCAGGAGGCUGUUCCUGUCGGAGCUCAUCAAACUGCAGGAGGCAGCAGGCUGUGAACCUCUGGAUCAGCUGUACGACGCUCUGGCUGAAGUGAUCGGAGCCGAGGAGUCCAGCGAGUGCUACAAGAGCUACUUACUGCCAGGUGGUGGCACCAUCAGCCUGAUGGAGAACGUGGCUCUGAUCUCAGAGGGAACAACCGGCCUGGUGACCUGGGAGGCGGCGCUGUACCUCGCCGAGUGGGCUCUGGAGCACCGGCAGGACUUCACCGGGAGGUCGGUUCUGGAGCUGGGUAGCGGUGUCGGUCUGACCGGGAUCACCGUGUGUCGCUGUUGCAGCCCGAACAGCUUCGUCUUCAGCGACUGUCACUCUGCAGUUCUCCAGAAACUCAAAGACAACGUCCAGCUGAACGGACUGAAGCCCAAAACGACUCCAGAGGUCAGAGUGGAGGAGCUGGACUGGACCUCAGCGACAGAGGAACAGCUGAGACGGAUCGGAGCCGACACCGUCAUCGCUGCAGAUGUGGUUUAUGACCCAGAUGUGGCCGUUAGUUUGGUGAAGCUUCUGUCUAAGAUCUUCAGCUGUUCGUCUCCUGAAGUCCUCAUCUGCUCCACCAUCAGAAACCCAGAAACCUACAGCGGAUUUAAACUGCAGCUUGAAAAAGCAGGAAUCGGCCACCAGGUGAUGACAGAACCGGUCCAACAGGUGUUUCCCUACAACAGACUCUCCGCCAUCGAGCUGAUCAGACUGCACAGACCACUUUAACACAAUAAAGGUUUUAUUUACAGCUGUA